UCGAAUCUACAACUGCCCUACCUUCAUUAGUAAGAGCGUAGAAGAGCGUAUAGCCGAAGUACACAAAUUAAAACUAUGCACUAAUUGUUUGAGGCCAGGUCACAAUGUACAAGCUUGUCGUCUCGGUCCGUGUCUUAAGUGCAAAGGAAGACACAAUACUCUCAUACAUAAACCAGUAGAUACUGUACCUAACAAUAUAUUUACUUCCAGUGCCUUGUCCGUGCCAGACAGCACUGACGAUACUAUUGUAAAUUUUUCUAAACAAAAUACAAAUCAAGUUUUGUUAUCUACAGCCUUAAUCGAGGUGGCUAAUCCACGGACGAACCAGACAGAAAAGGUUCGCGCCCUAUUAGAUUGUGGAAGCCAGUCUUCAUUCAUAACGGAGACACUUAAACAGAAGCUGUGUUUACCGUCAAACUCAAACUGCCUUGUCAACAUUAUGGGCAUAGGCCAUCAUCAUACCGGUAAGAUCACAGAGACUUGUGUCCCGCAAUUGAGGUCAUUAGUCAACCAGUUCAACGUCACAUCAGGCUUUUUAGUAUUACCACAAAUAACAGGUCACAUACCUAAAUUACCUAUAGACACUGCACAAAUACAAAUACCUAAUGGCAACCAAUUAGCAGAUCCAAACUAUCACCAACCAGCGCCGAUUGAAAUACUCAUCGGUGCCGAUCUUUUCUGGGAGAUUCUUGGCCGCGAGACUCACUUUCUCGGUCCUAAUAAUCCAAAGUUAAGAAGCUCUCAGUUUGGUUGGAUUAUUUCGGGUCCUAUGACGACAAUCACUACAUCACACAAAAACAAAACAGUACAAUGUAACCAUUCCAUAAUAUCAAACAGACUUAAUGAUGACUAUAUUAAAAUUCACAAUGACCUUACUAAAUUCUGGGAACUUGAAGAAGUUCCACUAAGAUCCAAAUUGAAUGAAAGUGAGAAGGCAUAUGAACCUCAUUUUCUAUCCUACACUUUCCGCUUAGAGUCCGGUAGAUUCUCAGUGAGUUAACCUCUAAAGGAAUCACCCGACUGUCUUGGACAGUCAUACAACGUAGCCAAAUUACGAUUAUUGAAUUUAUAAAGACGCUUUCCUCAUGACAUUUCGCAGAUUCGUGUCAC